AUGAGGGUUCCCGAGCUUCGAGCACAAGCAAGUCAAAACAUUAAUAACCAACCUCGGUCUUAUGUGCCAAAGGCGCCAUUUCCACAACGUUUGAGGAAGGAAAAGUCAGACGAUGUCAAUGCCGAAAUUCUAGAGACUUUCCGCAAGGUACAAGUUAAUAUUCCAUUGAUUGAUGCAAUUAAACAAGUGCCUAGAUAUGCUAAGUUUUUGAAAGAAUUAUGCACAUCUAAAAGGAAAUUAAUUGGUAAUGAGAAGAUUAGCUUAGGCAAAAAUGUAUCUGCGGUAUUUCAAAAGAAACUUCCUACUAAAUGUAAAGAUCCUGGAAUGUUUUCGAUACCUUGUCAGAUAGGAGACCUUAAACUUGAUAGACCUAUGCUUGAUUUGGGAGCUUCUAUAAAUGUCAUGCCUAGGAGUAUCUAUGAUAGGGUUCAAUUAGGUGCAUUAAAAGACACAGGACUGAUAAUUCAACUUGCAGGUAGGAAAAGCACAUCCUUAUUUUAA